CAAACAGACAGAUAGACAGACAGACAGACAGACAGAUAGAUAGCUAAGUAGAGGUCAUGAUCUCAGGUCAGUGGGUCGUUCUGACACUCAUCUCGGAUUCCCCGUAAGUGGAAUUAAUUCACGGUAAUGUCCAGAGCGGAAGAAAACAGCCAGCGAGUGACGUCAGUGCUAAUUGGUCGGGAUACACUCCUGUCCUGCAUGCUGAGCCAGCUCUCAGUGUGUGUCGGCGUGAGGAACCGAUGAGCGCUCUGUCCUGAAGCAUCAUGGGGAACCAGCCCGGCAUGACUGUGACGGAGCUGACCGCCUGCCACUCGCACAAGUGGUACCGCAAGUUCAUGACCGAGUGUCCGUCCGGUCAGCUCACCUUCUACGAGUUCAAGAAGUUCUUCGGGCUGAAGAAUCUGUCCAACUCCUCAAACGAGUACGUGGAGACCAUGUUCAAGACCUUCGACAUAAACGACGAUGGGUUUAUAGACUUCAUGGAGUACGUGGCGGCUCUGAGUUUGGUCCUGAAGGGAGGCGUUCAGCAGAAGUUACGCUGGUACUUCAAACUCUUCGACAUGGACGGCAGCGGAUGCAUCGACCGCGACGAGCUGCUGCUGAUCUUCAAGGCUGUUCAUGCCAUUAACGGAGAAGACCAGGAGAUUUCUGCCGAGGACUUGGCCGACAUGGUGUUCAACAAGAUUGACGUCAACGGAGACGGUGAGCUGUCGCUGGACGAGUUCUUGGAGGGCAUCGAGGCGGACGAGGUUCUCACUGAGAUGUUAACCCAGAGUUUGGAUCUGACUCAUAUUGCCAGUAAUAUCCACUGCCAGACUGACUCUGAACAGGAGGUCAACUGACCCCAGACCAGCCCGAGUUGCCAAACAUGAUGAUGGGGGAGGCGUGUCUGGACCGUUUCUGAACUCUGAACUACUCCUGUUGAUUCAGCACUGACUUAAACCCUUAACACAUCAGAGAUUAAUAAUUUAACAGAAUAGUACACUGCAUUUCACAAGCCUGAUUAUUCCCCUGUAAUCUCACAGAAUAACUGAGACUAGGUCAAAUGAUUUAUUUAAGUGCACUUAUGCAUGUUGAAUUGAAAUUAAAUUUCUAUUAAAUAAAUAAUUUCAGUCCUGUGAAAUAAUCUGUCAUGCAAGAACUUGCAUUAAAGGGAUAGUACUAACACUCACGUAUCCUCCAGAUCAGCAGGGGGCGCUACUCUUCAGACUCCUGCUGAACACCACUCAUUAAGCCUGAUUUGUUACACCAGUUUUUUGCCCUGUAUUAGUGUGUUUGUGUCUGAAAUCACAUACUCUCUUGUGUAGGUAGAGUUUGUGUUUGAAGAGGCCAUUGAAAAAGGUCAACUUCCUCCAACUUUGAAACAGGGCGUGAUUACUUUAAUUCCCAAACCAAAUAAGGAUAAAUUGCACAUUGAAAACGGGAGGCCCAUUAGUUUACUUAACAAUGAUGCAAAGUUAUUUGCUUAAAUUUUUGCCAAAAGACUUAAAACAUAGCCUGAGCCAAAUUAUAGAUGCCCAACAGACACAUACACAAUAACAUGCGUUUAAUUUUAGACAUGAUAGAUUACAGUGACCUUUUUCCGAAUGAUAGCUAUAGCUUCAUACUUUUUAUUGACUUUUAUAAAGCUUUUGACACCAUCGAGCAUAACUUUAUAUUAAAAUCUAUUUCCUUUUUUGGCUUUGGUAACUAUUUUUAUAAGGCAAUUCAAACCUUAUAUAAUGGGUGUUCUAGUUCUGUUAAACUGGAAACAGGCACAUCAGAAAGAUUUAGUAUAACACGUGGUAUUAGACAAGGCUGCCCGGUGUCUCCAUAAAUUUUGUGUUUCUCUUAGUUCUCAGACAAUGGCUACACGCAUAAAAAUAUCUCCCAUUUUAGGAGUUAAUGCUGUUGGUAAAAAGUUUUAAAUUUGCCAACUUGAAGAUGACACAGCCAUCUUUUUAAGUCAACGUAAACAAAUUGGGACUGCGGUAAAUAGUAUCAAACCAUUCUAUGUAUCAGGAUUGGUAAUGAACAUUAAUAAAUCAGUUUUGUUCCCCCUCAAAAACUGCAAUCUGGCCAGUCUUGAGGGAAUACCAAUUCAUGAAAAAGUAACAUAUUUUGUGAUAUAUUGUACUUUGUAAAAAUAUAGAAAGAAACUACGU